UAUUACACGUUUCAUCGCCAUAUACCCAGCUGAUUCUCAAGAGAAAAAAAUCCUAGUUACAUCAACAUACUAAUCAACCUUUGUAAGCAGCAGCUUAGGAAUAAGCCAAAAAAUAAAAUCUGAAUUUUUGUAAAGACAAUGAUUAAGAAUAAUCCUAAACUGACAGCUAUAAAUAAACCCUAUAAGCAACAUCAGCUCUGCAAAGCAAAACCAAGCAACACUUCCUAAAAACGAACAUACAAAUUUCAAUUACUUCAAGAUUGAGAUAACGGCAAUGGAGGUUGUGAGGCAUCUAGUAGAUGAAAAACCACUAGUGAUCUUCAGCAAAAGCUCUUGCUAUGUUUCUCACUCAAUGAAGCAACUUAUGAGAAGCUAUGGAGCCAAUGCAACAGUAUAUGAGCUUGACGAAAUUCCAAAUGGCAAAGAAGUCGAAAAGGUUCUUCUGAGCAUGGGAAAUAAGCCAAGUGUGCCAACAAUUUUCAUUGGCCAUAAGUUUGCUGGUGGGUCUAAAGACAUCCUUACCCUCCAAAUCCAAGGGAAACUGGUGCCUCUGCUCAUAGAAGCUGGAGCAAUAUGGGUUUGAAAUAGAACAUCAACUGCAUCGUUAAGGACUUGUCACUUUGAACCUCUUUCUUUGCAUUGUGCAAGUAAAGAAACAAAUAUCACUUUCACUUCUGACAAGCUUCUCUUCACUUUAGAGGAGCUUAUCUUCGGUGUUCUCAGGUAAUAAAGAUCUACCCUACUAUCCAUAAAUGAGUUUAACAAUGCCCAAUAAAGUAACCACUUCAGUUGUAAAUAAAGAGAACUAUUUCUUCUGUUUUCUUGUGUAAAUCAUAAA